UCCCUCUUCCGUGGCCGCUUCUCCUCCUUUUCCAGCUGCACAGGCGCAGCUCGCUGCCGUGCAGCCCGCCGCAACUUCGUACAGACGCGAACACUGUCUCUCUCGAUUCGACUUGCACGGGCGCACCUCGGAACUGCGCCGCCCGCCGCGGCUUCGGCCGCGACGGACCCAAACGUGUGAGACCGGGUGGCCCUGUCAGUCUGGCCCGAUGGCCUGACAGCGUGCGACUCAGAGAGGAAGCGUGGACCACCGGCACAGAAGAACCCGUCGGUGGGGGACCGAACCCUAGCCACCACCCAAGGGUCUGCCUGGCCCUGCUCCCCACGGCGCCGGCACCCGCAUCGGCGCUGGCCGGGGUGCUCUCUUGGCAAGUGACUGCAGGGUCCCGGCAAUGGUGGCUCUAUGGGCCAUGCGUGGGCGAUACAUCCUCGAUUGCUGUGCUCGGCGGGGGAACCAAUUGAAACUCCCCGCCUGCACCCCUGCGUGAGACUUGAGGGUACACGAAGCAAGGAGGCGGGGAGCUGGGGAGGCGGGGUGCUGGAGGCGUGGAGGCGGCAGGACGCAAAUGGCGGUGGGGCGGCGCCAGGACGGAGGCCGACUUGGAUCGCCGAUGGUUUUCCGCUCGCGCGCGUGGGCUCCCUCGGGACGCAAUGCUGCAGGGCACAGUCCUGCGUGCGCGACCACCAGGAAAAAGUCGUGCAGGGCUUCCCUCGUGCAGAGCUAUUCACGACCGCUCCUGCCCCUCGACUCGCGCUGGAUCUCCCAACUUGCAUCGGUGUGUCGGGAUUUGUUCCAGCGAGUCGGUUGGAGAAGAGUGGUCAAGCCCUAGGGACAAUGAAUGGUAAUGUCCAACUGCAAUGGAAGGGCGAGCAUGCCCAGCUGGGCGAGGACAUGGGAAGUCUCCGUUUUACAGCGCCAGGUGGCCGGACAGAUCCGGCCCGCGACAGUGGGAGACACAUCUCUCUUCUCCCUCUGCCGCGGCGUCCCUGAUGCCGCUGGGGAGUGUGAAGCGGUCAGUCCGUGCCUUCGCAAUCUGGGGUGAAAGCACGGGUGCCUGCCAAAAGGGUCAGUCGCAUCGGGCCGUGCAAAAGAGGACACAAGUGAAAUGAGCAGGUGCAUGCCUGCCGAUAGGCCAGACACGUGUCAGUCCGAACUAUAUGACUCCUCCUGGCGGUGUGGCAGAGCGCUCGCCAUCUCGCCUACAGGCGAGGUGUGUGUAGUGGCGAGCACCCCGCCAACUCUCUCGACGUCUGCGCGUCCUUCUCCGCGUCUGGGGGUCCUCUGUAAUUCGGGAAGAUCUUCUUGCCUAUCCUGGCCAGGUUCUUGACGCCCUGACGCGUGGCAGGCACGCGUUGGGACCAUAAACUGCUCGGGGCGACCGUAGCCGUGCGGCCGCACGUCGCACAAAAGUAUAGCGAGUGCCGCGGCCAGAAGCGGAGGGCAUGUGACUCGUGAAGUUGCUUCCCGCCCAGCAUCACCCCCCUCCCACCGACCGAAAUUCAUCGAUAGCCGAGUCCGCGGACCCAGAGUCCGCAGGCUGGUCGACCGAGCACUCUGUGGCGCAUGUCUCCUGAAUAUCUUCUUGUUUAACAAUGCAGUGGCACAGGCUGCACACAUAUUUAUGAGACGGCUGGCGCACAAAACCAUGUUGACUCUCUAGCGCGGCCUUCGAUAAAACCGCCUCCGACGAGGCAGUGCUGAGGCGGACUUGGGCCUCCCGAGGGCAGUUAGAGAGGUCCAAACGAGGCCACAGAGGAAGGAUUUGAGCCGGCAAUUUGCAAACAGCUUUGGCGACCCUAGUGCAGACAACCAAAGCCUCCUGCUCCUCUUCCGUGGCCGCAGGGUGGAGAUUGGCCCCUGCUUUAACCGCCAGAUCCGCCGCGUGGUUGCCCAAACGGCACCAUCGCGUGGUUGGCUUACGCGGGCAACAAGUCCGUCCAAUGGAAGGGGGCGAUGCCGCAAGUAAGCCGGAUGAUGCUUCUGUAUGUGCCUGCGUUGGGUUUUCCACCACAAACUGAUGGGAAAAUGUCGCUUUCCUCUCUGGAUACAGCACGAUCUGCGUCUGCUGGUGAGGAUACGUGAAGCGUGAUGAAUUCCAUCAGUACAAAGGGUGUCGGGUGUGGAGCACCGUCAAUACCCGAGGGAGCAGGAGAGGAGGAGGAGGAGGAGGAGAGGAGGAAGAAGGAACUAGCGGAGGAGGACCGGUGGUCGUACAAAG